AAAUCCCAUUAUCGUUUCAAAAAUAUUUUCUCUACUUUUUUCCCACUCCAUUUUUAGUUCAAUUUCUUUAAUAUCCACUCUCUCACUCCUUCCUCUCUCCUCUCAUACUCACAUACUUUCAUUCAAACCCACCUCAAAGUAGUUCCUACAUGUUUCCAAAUUUCCCCUAACAAUUUCAACCGAUUAAUUCAUCAUUUCCUUUCUUCAGAUCCAUUGCAGAAUUCCAGGAUUUUAUUUUCGAAUUUGAAGCACAAUUUUGUAGGAUCUUAAACAAAUCCGUUAUGAUUUAGGGUUUUUUAAUUAAGCGUUUGAUUUGGGGGAACAAUACAGCGAAAUGCAGAGCUCAGCAAGCUCAUCAAUGACGGCACAACCGGAGGCGAUUGUAGAAUGGCUACAGAAAGAAAUGGGUUAUCGACAUUCGGGCCCAUAUUCGGGUUCAAGUCGAGCAGGGUCGGGUCCAUCAGUGGAUGCGAUAAGGAAGGUUUGUAGAGGGAAUAUGAUACCAGUAUGGAAUUUCUUGCUGCAGAGGGUGAAAUCAGAACGAACAGCGGAGACUAUUCGGAGGAAUAUUGUUGUUCAUGGGGGGAAUGAUGUUGGUAGAAGAAUGGAGGAGACUGGAAGGAGGAGAGAGAAUGAGAGGGGAGUUUCGGAGGCGUUGCAGGAACGAGAAGCGGCCGAGAAGGAAGUGGAGAGGUUAAGGAUGGUUCUUAGGAGACAAAGGAAGGAAUUGAAGGCGAAAAUGUUGGAAGUUUCGAGGGAGGAGGCAGAGAGGAAGCGAAUGCUUGAUGAUCGCUCGAAUCUAAGGCAUAAACAGGUUAUGCUGGAGACAUAUGAUCAACAAUGUGAUGAAGCAGCAAAAAUAUUUGCUGAAUAUCAUAAACGCCUGCGUUAUUAUGUUAGUCAGGCUAGGAAUUCACAGAGGUCUAGUGUUGAUCUUUCUACUGAAGUAGCUAGUACCCUUCAUGCCAGCAGUGAAAAAGAGUCGUUGUACUCCAAUGUUAAGGGAGCCAAAGCUGCUGAAGAUGUCAUUCUUAUUGAAACUACACGUGAAAGAAAUAUAAGAAAAGCCUGUGAGUUUCUUGCAUUACAUACACUUGAUAAAAUACGCUGCUCUUUCCCAGCAUUUGAAGGGAAUGGUGUACACUCAAAUCCACAGCUUGAAGCAGCUAAGAUUGGUUACGAUUUUGAUGGGGGAAUACCCGAAGAAGUCAAAAUCAUUGUUGGGAAUUGCUUGAAAAAUCCACCUUUGUUACUUCAAGCUAUCACUGCAUAUAGUCAGCGAUUGAAAUCGCUGAUUAGUAGGGAAAUAGAAAAAGUUGAUGUUAGAGCUGAUGCUGAAGCACUUAGGUACAAGUAUGAAAACAAUCGAGUAAUGGAUGCUUCAUCUCCGGAUGUCACAUCACCAUUGAACUAUCAGCUAUAUGGUAAUGGAAAGAUAGCAGCAGAUUUACCUUCAAAAGGAAGUGAAAAUCAGCUUUUAGAAAGACAGAAAGCUCAUGUUCAGCAAUUUAUAGCUACAGAGGAUGCUGUAAAUAAAGCUGGUGAAGCCAGAAGCAUGUCUCAGAAACUUCUGACGCGUCUGCAUGGAAGUGGAGAUACUAAUCAUCAACUGUCCACUGUUGGAGGAACGCAGAGUGUUGGGAGUCUCAGGCAAUUCCAGCUGGAAGUAUGGACAAAGGAGAGAGAAGCUGCUGGGUUGAGGGCAAGUGUAAGCACUUUAAUGUCUGAGGUGCAGCGGUUAAAUAAGUUAUGUGCUGAGAGAAAAGAAGCUGAGGAUUCAUUGAAAAAGAAAUGGAAAAAGAUUGAGGAGUUUGAUUCGCGAAGAUCUGAACUUGAGUUCAUCUACACUGCUCUACUUGAUGCUAACAAGGCUGCUGCAGCAUUUUGGAGUCAACAGCCAUUGCUGGCCCGUGAAUAUGCAUCAAGUACUAUCAUCCCAGCAUCUUCAAUUGUGAUAGAAUUAUCAAAUAGUGCAAAGGAUUUCAUUGAAAAAGAAGUUUCAUCUUUCAUGCAAAGUCCUGAUAACAGUCUGUACAUGCUGCCAGCAAGCCCGCAGGCUCUUUUGGAGUCCAUGGGGGCUAGUGGAUCUACGGGACCAGAGGCCCUGGCUGCUGUGGAGAAAACGGCUGCGUUGCUGACUGCCAGGGCUGGUGCAAGAGAUCCAUCUGCAAUUCCUUCCAUUUGUCGAAUUUCUGCUGCUCUUAACUGCCCUUCUGGCUCAGAUGAUGGUUUGACAUCAGUAUUAAAAGCCUUGGAAUUUUCUCUGAAAUUGCGGGGUUCUGAGGCUUGUGUGCUGGAGGACUUAGCUAAGGCAAUCAAUUUGGUUCACAAUCGGAGAGACCUUGUUGAAAGUGGUCGUACGGUGUUGAAUCAUGCUCAUCAUGUCCAACAGGAAUAUGAAAGGACUACAAGGUAUUGUCUCUCGCUGGCUGCUGAACAAGAGAGAACUGUGGUCGAAGAAUGGCUACCAGAGCUCAGAAAUGCUGUAAUAAAUGCUCAGAAGAGCUUGGAAAAUUGCAAAUGUGUCUGGGGUUUGCUCGAAGAGUGGUGGGAGCAACCUGCCUCCACAGUUGUUGACUGGGUUAAAGUGGAUGGUCAAAAUGUCGGUGCUUGGGUUAACCACGUCAAGCAACUUCUUGCAUUUUAUGAUCAGGAAAUGCUAUAAGUAAGUGAGCAUUCUCAAUGGACUAACAUCAUCACAAUAUCUACAACAUCGACCGCUUGCAAAAUCGCAACUCGAGUUUUCACCUAGAGAUGGCUCAACGUUCAAACCGAAAGGUAUAGAGCAAUUAUACCAGUUUUUGGGUCCAUGGAAACAGCGGGAGAUACCUGAUUCCAAAUUAGAGUUACCAUAUGUUUCUCCCCCUUUACGCUUCCUUCUCCUUUCUCCCCCACCCAUGUUUUUGUACAGCGUGUCCUUGUAUAAGCUUUGUAUUGAUACAAUUAUCCAGGGUUUCCAUGCCAUUAGAAAAGGCAAUGAUUCCUCCAACCAUAUUUCUCUGAGAUUAGGAGUGCGGUGCAGUGCUGCGAGCAUGAUUUGUUAUGUAAAAAUUUCUUGUAGGCUUCAUUUCUCCUAUUGUUAAUCAAAUGCCAAUUCUUUUUGUACUCCUAAUUUACAGAAGUAACAAUGCCUUUUGUAUAUCCUUGAGAGAAACUCGCAGGUUUGCAAUUACUAUGGAUUAUUUGUACUUAUGUACAACUGCUAUCUUAUUUGUAAGAUUCGAAUC